AGCCUGUUUCGCAGACCCUAAGAAGAAGAUUACCUCUGCCUUCCCCAAGAAGCAGAAGGUCGGCACCGGAAACGCAAAACUCGCUUACCACAAUGGUCCUUACUCUGUUGUCGCCCGCAGUCCUACUGCUUCCCCUGAGAUCUUGCCUCGCAGCGGAUCGUGGGGCGAGAAGCGCCUUUGAGCGCACAGGUCAGUCUACCUCUCCCUUCCGUCACCUCAUCCUCGUUGCAAGCACGGUAGUGAACAGCGCGCUGACUCUACUCACAGACCUGGUCCCCGACCUUCGUCUUGGAUCAUGGGUUUGUUGUCUGGCUGUUAGUCUCGGCUGCAGCUGGGCUACUCACCCAUGUUCCCCAACACGAGAACCCCUGACAGAGGUCGGACAGCGGCAUCAAUUUCGAAAUCUAUGGGUGCGUGGUUGCGGUGGCUGAUCAAAGCUGGGCCGCACACCCGUAUCUGUAUCAUCAUGAGCUGGACUGCUCACCCAUAAUUGUAUCAGCGGUGUUCAACUCGCAUCAUGGCCAAGG